AUGGCUAGCUUUAGUGUCAUACUUGGUAUUAUUGGUAAUGUCAUCUCUAUACUCAUGUUUCUCUCCCCGGUAAAAACCUUCAGGCGGAUCGUUAAGAAGAAAUCAACAGAGGAUUUCAAAGGUGUACCCUACAUAACCACAUUAUUGAGUACGAGUUUGUGGUCAUUUUAUGGGAUACUGAAGCCAGGAGGAUUGCUUGUGCUCACCGUUAAUGGCGCCGGAGCUAUCUUACACAUAAUCUACGUUACCCUGUUUCUCAUUUAUGCUCCCAAGGAUGUAAAGGUUAAGUCUUUGAAGCUGGUGGCAAUAGUGGACGUUGGUUUCUUUGGAGUGGUUGUUGCUGUAACGCUUCUGGCACUCCAUGGAAGCCUAAGGCUAACAGUGGUCGGACUUCUAUGCACAGGAAUGACUAUUGGAAUGUAUGCAUCCCCUCUUUCUGUCAUGAGAACUGUGAUCAAGAUGAAAAGUGUGGAGUACAUGCCAUUUUUUCUUUCUUUCUUUCAAUUCCUCAAUGGGGGGGUCUGGGCUGCCUAUGCUGUGCUUGUAAAGGACAUCUAUCUUGGAGUAUCAAAUGGAAUUGGAUUUAUAUUGGGUUCGGCCCAGCUGCUUCUUUUCGUCAUUUACAAAAACAAGUCUCCGUCAAAAUCUAAGGAUGCCGUGGAAGAAGAAGAAGGAGGAGGAGGAUCGGCCGUCGAAGGCGUCAUGCAGAUGGAGGAUUUUGAUAACAACGAAAAGAUGAAGACAGUUUCAUUAAAUCAAGAUGCAUUUGGCUCCACUGGAAGCAAAGAUCUUGAACUUGGUGUCAAAGAAAAUCUUUGA